AUGGGUAUCGCGCGAGAGACAAAAAGAAGGCGGCUCUCGCCUUCUGACGAUGAGAAUGCCUCCGCAGCCCCGAAAUCAAAAACAUCGUCCUCGUCGACCGUCCAAAAGCAGUUCUUCAGCCGGGCUGCAGAAUGGGAUCUAGAACAGGACUACGAGCGAAGGCCCAGGAAGGGCAAAAACAAGAAAGACCGGGAGAAAACUCGUUUACCAAUCAAAACGGCCGAGGGGGUGGUGCACGUCGAUGAACCCGAAGACGCAGCAGCGGCGAGUGAAUCAGAUAGCUUCCUUGACACGGAUUCAGAGGAUGAUAAGGCCGAGGGAGAUCGAAAUGCAGGAGCAGAAGAAGAAGAAGAACAAGCCGAGGCAGCGCCGAAAAUCCCCCUGAAGCUUCAGAUUAUACAGGCAAAGGAAGAAAUGGCUAGGAUUGCGACGUUGAUAAACGAAGACCCCGAAGAGCAUAUCGGGUUAUUCAAGAGACUGGCGGAACUCGUGGACAAGGCCCCCACGCAUGUUGCAAUCAAGAAGCUCGCACUUGCUACACAGGCCGCGGUUUUUAGGGAUGUCAUUCCAGGCUACAGAAUCCGCCCUAUUGGCGACGAAGUCAACAAAAAUGAGAAGCUCUCGAAGGAGGUCCGACAGCUACGUGGCUACGAGCAGUCGUUACUAUCGUCCUAUAAGCACUAUGUGCAACAAUUGACAAGUCUCUCAAGAGGCAGCAGUCGUGGCGGCAACGAAGACAAUGCUGCUAACAGCAUACGCACCGUCGCAAUCAACUGCGCAUGUAAUAUGCUUCUCGCCGUACCGCACUUCAAUUUCCGAACCGAAUUAUUGAAAAUUCUCGUUAACCGGCUUUCGAAACGCCGAGUUGAUGCCAACUUCAUCAAAAGCCGAGAAACCAUGGAAGAAAUCUUUGCCAAGGACGACGAUGGGAUCGUCUCGCUUGAAGCAACGAGUCUAUUGUCGAAAAUGAUGAAGGCAAAAAACUUCAACGUUCACGAGUCAUGUCUCAACACCUUUCUGCAUCUUCGUUUAUUAGCCGAGUUUUCUUCCAAGGGCUCGCGUGAUCGUAUUGACCGUCGCGACGACGACGACGAUGACGACAGCUCGUUUCAAGGCAAGAGAAAACGGAAGAACAAGAAAGAAUUCCGCACAAAGAAGGAACGCAAGCUAUUGAAAGACCGCAAGGCAGUUGAAAAGGACAUGCGCGAAGCGGAUGCAUUGGUCAGCCACGAAGCGCGCGAGAAGAACCAGGCAGAAACAUUGAAGCUAGUCUUUGGCACAUACUUUCGAAUCCUCAAAUUGCGAACGAACACCAAGCUCAUGGGAGCCGUGCUGGAAGGGCUGGCCAAGUACGCACACUUGAUCAACCAGGACUUCUUCGGCGACCUCCUCGAGGCUUUGAAAGAGCUCAUCACCCAGCUUGAAGUUGAAGAUGUUGCCGAAGGAGACGAGAAAGAUAGCGACGACCAAGAGAACGACGCAGCAGACGGUGACGAUGAGCUGAUCAUUUCAAGACAAUCCACUCGGCAAAUCCUCCUCUGCACAAUCACCGCAUUCGCACUUCUCGAAGGCCAGGAUGCCAGCAAGGCCGCUUCGUCUCUGCAUCUCGACUUGAGUUUCUUCGUCACGCACCUUUAUCGCGCUCUGUUCCCGCUCUCCAUCAAUACCGAUAUCGAAUACAACCCGGAGAAGUCACUCCGACUCCCCGAUCCAGGCACCUCCAAUCACGACAACAACAAUAACAACAACGACCAGCACAAACGCAAAAACAAAGUCAACUUCCAAACCCCCAUGGUCCUCCUCCUUCGCUGUCUCCAAUCAACCCUCCUAACCCGCACCCACGGCAUUGCACCCCCAAUCCGUCUCGCGGGCUUCACGAAGCGGCUCAUGACAACCUCGCUCCAACUACCCGAAAAAUCAUCCAUAGCCUUGCUCGCUCUCCUCUCCAAAGUUGCCAAGCAGCAUGCACGCAAAAUCGCGCCUUUGUGGAACACUGACGAGCGCAAAGGGGAUGGUGUUUUCAAUCCUGUUGCGGCGGAUGUUGAGAAGAGUAAUGUCUUUGCGGGCACCGUGUGGGAAGGCGAGUUGUUGAGGUUGCAUUAUUGUCCUGAGGUUCGUGAAGCGGCGGUGGGGAUUGAUAAGUUGAUUGCUUCUAUGUGA